AACAUGUCGGCAUCUGAGACAACGACGAAGGAGCCUCCUGAAGCAAAUGACUCAGAAACACCAGCAGAGCCAUUAGCUGGACCAAGUAAAGUAAAGGAAGACAAUGCAGCCUCCACCACAGUUUCUGUUGCCAAGAAGAUAGAGCCCAUGGGUGGGAUGUCCUCAAUGUUGUCGUCUCUGCAGCCUGGGAAGGAGUCUUCUAGAGCGGGAGAGGAGGGAGACAAAUGGUCACCUGCCUCCUCCCCAAGCAAACCAGCAGCAGGACAUGCAGCCAAGUCAAUUUCAUCCUCUCCUUCUACGUCUUCAGCGUUGUCCCCUGGCCGAGCAAAGAUGAGUGUUUCUGGACCUGGCAGUAGUAAAUCCAUCAUGGCACCUGCCCCUUCCUCCUCCUCAUCGUCCUCGUCGUCUUCCUCUUCUUCUUCUUCCUCUUCAUCGUCUGCCACAGCUUCCUCGUCUCCUUCUGUCUCUCCUGCCCCACCCAAGAUCCACCGGGCCCGUAAGACCAUGAACAGGCCUCCGUUAGGGCAGAUGAAUCACAGUGAUGCACCUGCAACACCUUCAGGAUCCUCUGACCCUGAAACUGUUGCAAAAAGGAGAAAACUGGGUCAUUUAUCUGACGGCACACCUGAGAAGUCAGAAAACAUUCCAGAAAAUGCUCAAACUGUGGAAGAACCGUUAUUCCACAAAAAGGUGGAGUCUGUUACCAAGACUUCACCAGAGAAGAGCAAUGGCAGUGUGGGGAAGUUGGAGGAGAAGGUAGCCGAGAAAAAACAGAUCUCCAGUCCGUCCAGGCGAGAUUCAGAAAAGUUUGAAGAUGGUGGUGCAGAAGUAAGGCAGCACACUAAAGACAUAGGGGGGUCAGUGAACAUGUCGGAUCAUAGUUCAGAGUCUGUAACAAAGAGAGCCAUCCAAAGUAGAAAUGAAAGCGAGGAGUCUUCGUGGCAGCAGUCAGACCAGGACAAUGACAGAAACACAGCUGAUGUGGUGGAGACGGCGGGAGCAGGAAGGCCUGCUGAGUACACUGAGGUUCCCUUGGAUGCUCUGGACAUCGCUGCUGCAGACAGUCUGACACUUUCUCCUCAUCAUGAAGGAAGUGAUGCAGGAGACACGGAGCGGCUGGAGGAGCUUCCUCUGUGCAGCUGCAGGAUGGAGGCUCCUCGAGUCGACAGCACCAGCCACCGCGUCAGCAGACAGUGUAUGGCCACUGAAAGCAUCAAUGGAGAGCUGAGGGCUUGUACCAGCCGGACUAUAAAAGGGGAAACGAUGCGGCCGUCAAGUCGGGUGCCCCUCAUGGUGCUUUGUGACGUCCAUCGCUCACACAUGGUCAAACACCACUGUUGUCCGGGGUGUGGAUACUUCUGCAUCGCGGGCACGUUUCUUGAGUGCUGCCCAGACCAGCGCAUCGCUCACCGUUUCCACCGGGGCUGUGUGACCGUGCUGGGCGGUGGUCGCAGCAGAUCAAACGGCGGCGGCAUGCUUUUCUGUCCCCACUGCGGUGAAGAUGCCUCCGAGGCACAGGAGGUCACCAUCCCCUCCUUCAGCUCGGCCACAGCCUCGGCGACCACCGUCGUCACCAUGUCGGCCUCCUCCACCACCACCCCAUCUCUACCGCCCCCAGUCCCAACAGCGCCCUCCCUCACAGCCUCGACAGGAGGGAUGAAGGAUGGGAAGAUGCCUGAGAGACCUGUCAGUGCUCGUAUACGUAGUCAUGGCCUGGUGACGCUGGCAGUGGAGCAGCAGCAGCAGCCCUCGCAGCCUGUAGCGUCUGCAGCAACUGUAGCCACCGUCCCCCCGGCAGAGGAGGGGGUGGACAGCGUGGGGCCGUCUCUCUGUAUGCCAAACGGGAAACCGGUUAGCCCUAGUGCACUUCCACCCGGGCCCAGCAGGGCGGCGCUGCAGAAGGCCAUUCUCACACAAGACACCGAGAGAAAUCAGCUGCUUGUUGCGCACAAUUCGUCUGAAGCGGCAGCAAAAUUGAGGAAGAAGUUGAGGUUCCACCCCCGCCAGCUUUACCCUGCUGCCAAGCAGGGAGAGGUGCAGAGAGUCCUGCUCAUGCUGAUGGAUGGCAUCGAUCCAACGUACCAGCCUGAGUCUCAGAACAGGCGCUCUGCUCUACACGCUGCAGCUCAGAGAGGUCUGCUCGAAGUCUGCUACAUACUCAUACAGGCCGGGGCUCAGGUGGAUGCCCAGGACAAGGAAAGGAGGACCCCUCUGUUAGAAGCGAUCAUUAACAAUCACAUCGAGGUGGCUCACUACCUGGUCCAGAACGGAGCCUGUGUCUAUCAUAGUGAGGAGGAUGGAUAUACCGGCCUCCACCACGCAGCCAAGCUGGGCAACCUGGAAAUCGUCACCAUGCUCCUGGAAACGGGGCAGGUUGACGUUAACGCGCAGGACAGCGGUGGCUGGACGCCGAUCAUCUGGGCUGCAGAGCACAAACACGUAGAUGUGAUAAAAUCGCUGCUGAACCGAGGAGCUGAUGUCACCAUUAAUGAUAAAGAGCUGAACGUGUGUCUCCACUGGGCGGCGUAUGCAGGGAACGUUGACAUAGCAGAGCUGGUGUUGAACUCUGGCUGUUCACUCGCCUCAGUCAACAUGCACGGAGACACGCCGCUCCACAUCGCCGCCAGAGAGGGCUUCUUGGAGUGUGUUACGUUGUUCCUGUCCAGAGGUGCAGACAUUGACAUUGUGAACAGGGAAGGAGACACGCCUCUCAGCCUCGCUCGUGCGGACACACCAGUGUGGGUGGCUCUACAGAUCAACAGGAAGCUGAGAAGGGGAAUAACCAAUCGUAUGCUCCGGACUGAGAGAAUUAUCUGCAGUGAUGUUGCGCAGGGCUAUGAGAAUGUACCGAUUCCCUGUGUGAACGCAGUCGACGAUGAGGGCUGUCCUUCAGACUACAAAUAUGUGUCAGAAAACUGUGAAACUUCAGCAAUGAACAUAGACCGCAAUAUAACACACUUACAGCACUGCAGCUGCACUGAUGACUGCUCAUCUAGUAACUGCCUCUGUGGACAGCUCAGUAUCCGCUGCUGGUACGACAAGGACCAGCGGCUGCUCCAAGAAUUCAACAAAAUUGAACCUCCACUUAUAUUUGAAUGUAACAUGGCGUGUUCCUGUUACCGAACAUGCAAGAACAGGGUGGUGCAGGCCGGCAUCAAAGUUCGUCUUCAGCUCUACAGGACGGAGAAGAUGGGCUGGGGAGUUCGAGCUCUGCAAGAUAUUCCCCAAGGAAGCUUCAUCUGCGAAUAUGUCGGUGAGCUCAUUUCUGACGCGGAGGCAGAUGUUCGGGAAGACGACUCCUACCUGUUUGACCUGGACAACAAGGAUGGGGAGGUGUAUUGUAUCGAUGCCCGGUAUUACGGCAACAUCAGCCGCUUCAUCAACCACCUGUGUGACCCAAACCUCAUCCCGGUCCGUGUGUUCAUGCUGCACCAGGACCUGAGAUUCCCCCGCAUCGCCUUCUUCAGCUCCAGAGACAUCCUCAGUGGACAAGAGCUGGGAUUCGACUAUGGAGACCGCUUUUGGGACAUUAAGAGCAAGUAUUUCACCUGUCAGUGUGGAUCAGAGAAAUGCAAGCACUCGGCCGAGGCCAUCGCCUUGGAGCAGAGCCGACUGGCUCGACUGGAGUCUUGUCCAGAAUCGGGAGCUGACUGUGGAUUGACCAUGCUGGGAAACUCUUAAAACACUUAACCCAUGAGGCCUUUGGAUUAACCUCGGCAAUGGAAAUGCACCUUGAGAGUUUUAUCAUGUUUAAAAAUUCUGUGUUUAAUGCAUGGUGCUGUUUUUUCUACUUGAAAUUACCUUCUUCUUUCUUUUUUUCUCCAAAACUUGCCACCUUGAAGUUGAUAAUUUCCCUUGUUGUAGUGGACAUGGGCCUUAACAUAUUUUUAAACUGUGUGGGUAUAAAACAUAAAAACUUUUGAUUCUGUACAUACAGUAUGUUUACUGUACAUCACAACCAUGUCCAUUUGCCUUGAUACAUGAACUGUGUGCCAUCAUCUAAUUGUCGUAUUUUCUGUUGUGCGAACAAUGCAUUUUUUAAACCGUACAGUAAUGGGUUAACCCUUUACCUACACUGUACUCAACAAGGACCUGAGGGAUCACAUUGUUUCUGGAUGACUGUGUUCUUUAUUUUUAUACGCAUCGUUUUCUUUUUCACAUUUAGUGUAAUAAAUUAGCUCAUGAGUUGAA